GAGUGAAUUUUGGUUAUAAUGAAAUCUCAUAUUUCUCUUUCUCUGUUGUUAAAGAAACACAAAACAAAACCCUAAUUCCAUCGAUUCAGUUUGGGCCUCGAAAUACCUAUCUCUCUCUCCCUCCCUUUUGUUUCUUCACAUCCAACUCUCUCAACCAUCGAUCCUUCAAUCUCGAUCGUCCGAUCCAUCACCCCCUUCCAUUCACCCAGGACUAUAUUUGGCCACAAAGAUGUCUCCUGCGUCCAAGUCUAAGUCUAAGGAUAAAAAAGCUGGCAAGGAAUCUCAGAAGGCUUCUUCAAAGCCUUCAGGACCUGCUAAUGCAGGUAGUGGUGUUCCAGCUAGUGCAUAUAAUCCAAUUUUGGGAACAUUCCAUACCAUUGAAACGGUGCCAUCAUCUUCUGCUUCACCCAUUCAAAACAAUGGUCGUUUUCGAAACAUAGAUGAGACAGAUGAGCAUUCAGGGGGCUCACUUGUAGCUGUUGUUGAGUAUGAUUCUGUAUCUAAUAAUGGUAGUUGGUCAGGUGAGUCAGAAGAUCACAAAGAGAAAACAUCUAAUCCUCCCAUUCGGCAGGAAAUAAUACCAGGAGCUGACAAUGAUAAACGAGAAAAAAUUCGUCAAAAGAAUGAGAGGAAACAUCAGCGUCAGAAAGAGAGGCGAGCUCACGAGUUGCAUGAGCGGUGCAGUGGCUAUCUCAUGUCAAGGAAGCUUGAAGCUCUUGCUCAGCAGCUUGUAGCAAUGGGAUUUUCACAUGAUCGGGCAACAAUGGCUCUUAUAUUGAAUGAAGGCAAAGUGGAGGAAUCUGUGGCAUGGCUUUUUGAAGGAGGUGAAGAAGCUGUUAAGCAUAAGGAACCAACUAUUGGUUGUGGGAACUUGAAAAUUGACAUAUCAGAAGAGCUUGCUCGGAUUGCAGAUAUGGAAAUCAGAUACAAGUGCUUAAAGCAGGAGGUUGAAAGAGCAGUUGUUGCUGCUGAAGGUGAUCUUGAUAAAGCAGCAGAAGCUUUAGGAACUUCGAAGCAGGAGCCACCUUCUGCUCCUCCACCAAGGUCAGAAGAAACAUGUGAUUCCCUGACUCCUAGUACUAAUAAGGUGUCAGUGGCAGCUAGUCAAAACUUAUCAGUAAGGCCACAACCAAAACCAAAUCUAUCUCCUGCAACACAGCAAAGAAGGGAUGAAAAGGAUUUUAACUAUACAAAAGCAGCAGUUACAGUGGGAGGUUCUUCAGAAUCUGUGAGUAAAAGUUUCCAGCCUUUGAAGAGAAUACAACCGAAGUUGGAAUGGGCAAAACCCCAACAAAGUGCGGUACCAGCUGAGAAAAGGUGGCCAAGUGCUGUAUCAAAUCCUUCUGUUUCUUAUUCCUUGGCAUCACCUUUGCAGGCCUCACCUCCUCCAGCAAAGACAGAUUCCCGUUAUGUGGCUGUUGGAAGUGAUUUUAAGAACCUCCAGCCAUCAGUUAGGGAACCGGUUAUAAUGAUGCAGCGACCUCAAUCUGUAAAUACAAAGCAGGUUCCAGCUACAAGUAUAAGCUCAUCUCCUCCUGGAACAAAUUCCUUUAUGUAUCCUACUAGUAGUGUUGAAAUUACAAAGUCUAAUGGCUUUAUGCCCCAUGUUCCGAGUGCUAGAAGCCUUAGUUCUAACAAUAUGAGUUCAAAUCAGAUGCAUCACCAGCUUUAUUAUCCACAACAGCAACACUUUGCAUCCAGCAAUGGUCCAGGAGAUUCUCCAGGAACAAGCCGAGGAAAUGGUUUAUGGAGUAGAACAGGCGCGUCACCAACACUUGCGGCUGCAUCUUCACUUGGACUUUUCACCGGUUUGGGUUCUACCAGUUCAUCAGGAGCCUCUUCUCCAGUUGACUGGAGCAGUGGUAGCUCAAUGACACAAUUGGACUAUAAUAAUAUCGAUUGGAGCUUGGAUCGGGGGUUGUCUUCUUCUCCAAGGCCUGGUGGAAUUUGGCUGGGAGCGACAUCUCCUAUGAAGAGUGCUCACAUGUAUUAUCCUAAUACAAAUGGAUUAAGUGCUAAACCAGCUAUGAGAUUGACACCUUCUAAUGGGAACGUUGUACCCAUUGCGGGGUUGCAGGAUGCUGGAGUGGCUCCUGCAGAAACUUCAACUGCAGGCUCGCAUGAGUGGACUUCACCAUUUGAAGGGAAAGAUCUUUUUAGCUUACCCAGGCAGUUUGUUUCUUCUCCCUCACUCUAGGGUGGGGAAAAGAUUUUAUGAAAUAAAAUUAAAGAAAGAAAAGACGCAAUGUGCUUGGAUUUGGUGUUAGUGUUGGUUCUUGUGAUGCUAAUGUGUUGAUUGCUGGUGAAUAUCAUUUCAGUGGGAAAAAGCACCUGAGUACUCUUUUCUUUCAA